AUGUUGUAUGCAGACGAAAAUCAGUUGCUGAUCAAUCCUGAGCACUUGGGUCCUGAUGAGGAAAAAGUGGUUCUAAAUGCAGACAAAACUGAAGUGACCAUUAUGGCAAACGUUACUAUGGUAGAAGUCAAGAAGAGGCAACUGAAGGAUGAGUUCACUAUUCUCUCUAAUGUUAUUAUUGACUCUGUGACUUAUGGAGGAACAGUCAACACUGGGUGUCACGGCGUUGGCCGUGGUUGCCCUGCUUUACCUGACUUGGUUGUCAAGCUAGAAGUGGUCAAUGACAAGGGUGACUUGGUCACUUACAGUAGAGCUGACGACGGGGAAGAGUUCAUGAAUGCAGUCACUACAAAUCUGGGACUGUUUGGGUUUGUCUACAAAAUGACUCUCGCAGUUAAACAGAAUAAGAUCACUGUAGAAACUCACAACGAAUAUCAUUCUGUGAAGGAUACUUUGACUAACAGCAGCAAGCUCAAACAUCUUGCAGAAAGCAACUGGUCAACAGAAAUCUUUUGGUUUCCGUACAACAGCAUACUCCACAACAUCAAGGAACUGCUGAAAAUAAAGAAAGAAGACUUCCUCAAAUUACCCACUCCAAACUUGGACAAGUGGGAUCCACUCCAAGAUGAUUGCUGGCUUCGACUAACGAAUGACAAAUCUGGAGGUAAAACCGAAAAGUGCCUGUUUCACUUCAGACACAAGUUUAAUGACGCAUUGGGAGAAUUGGGCUUGAAGGCAAUUACGCCUUUGCUUGACGCCGCGCCAAAUCUUAAUCCUUACUUCUGCUGCUUGAACAGCCAUGUUGUGAAACUGCAACCUUCGAAGAUUUGUGUUCAGCUACCCGACGCCAUUCAUUUCAGGAAGUUUGUUCAUUGGGCUCCAGUGCAUGACAUGGAGUUUGCCUUUGUUGUUGACCACGAUUAUAGCAAUAUUGUUGAAGCCUGCAAGGUCGUGAUAGAUGAAAUUGAAAGGCGUGCUCGACAGGGCAACUUUCCCAUGAAUGUUUGUAUGGAAAUGAGGUUCAUGGGUGAGAGUAAGAGCCUCUUAUGUCCGGCAGUUGUCGGUCAACAUUCUCCAAACAAAGAGGUGAAGACGGCUUACAUCGAAGUCCUUAGUCUGGUUCGCAGACAAUCGAGACUGGCACGACUUCACUCGAGCAAUUGCCACUGGAUGGAGCAAGAUUGGAGGUAGGAAAAACGUGUAUCCACUGAUCCAUUGGGCCAAAGAGGUGGACGCAAUGCCCGACUUGACGACUUACCUGUGGACCAACAAUGGAGAGAAUAUGAGGAAGUUUUUGCAUCACCUUGGUACUAAAGUCGAUAUGAAAAAGAAGCUGUUUUUCAAUCAAUUCCUCGAAGAGAUUUUCUUUCCAAAAACGCCCGUUGAAGUGCAACGUCACCGUAACUGGAGAGAGAGGUGGUGCAGCUUGUCGUAAUCUCUUCAAUAUUUCCUGAAGACGGCAAGGAUAAACAGUGCAGACUGAUACGCAUGCAAAAGCUGUUGACAAACUUACGGAAGCGUUAGAGCCUAUUUCUAGUUGUAAUGCACUUCUAGCAUUUGAAAGCGCGAAUACAGAUA